AUGCCAGGUCUGAUCAACAAGGCCAAGCGCAGCGCGCUCCCACUCAGUGUCUCUGACAUCACUUCCUGUGUCCGGGGUUACACCUUGGCCAUGACAGCCUCCAUGACGUAUGAAAACAUUGAGGAUCACCCCGUAGAAGGUAUCUUCAUUUAUCCACUGGAGGAGGGCUCGAUUGUGGUGGGCUUUGAGGCGAUGAUAUCCAGUCAGAUAAUAACGGUGCAGAUCAAAGACAAGACAAAAAUCGAAGAUUGCUACUUUGACACAGCAACCAACGGAAAUCUACAGCAUGGCAAUGGUCAUGUGGUACUUGAUGAGGAUCUGGAGAGGAUGGUGUUGGUGGUAAACCUGGGAGUCAUUCCACCUCUGGAGACUGUGAAUGUGUUGGUCAGCACCUCCUAUGAGCUUUCCACCCUUCCAAACGGGGGCAUCCGUGUCACCUCACCGCAAGUCUGCACUCCGAGAGUCCAGCGCUCCAUUAAAGAGGAGCAGGCCUUCUCUCCCAACAUAAGCAGGAAGAGAGAAAGACACCACUGCUCUCUGGGGUCUCAUGAGCAGAUGGGUUCAAGCAACCAACUGUGUUUGUCCUGGCUACUGGAGGAGGAAUCUAUCAACUCCAUUGACUAUGAGUUCAACUUCCAGCUAGAGAUCAGAGGACCAUAUCUACUGGCAGGAGUAGAGAGCCCUUCUCAUGCCAUCCGGGCAGAUGCUGACCCCUCUGCCCGUUCUGCUACCAGCAUUGUGGUCACCCUGGCAGAUAAAUACACCUAUGACUGUCCUGUGGAAAUCCUCAUCUACCCCAGUGAGCCACACCUGCCUCACGUGCUUAUCGAGGAUGGAGACAUGACGCUGGAAGAGUAUGACGAACAUCUGAAGGGGAGGAGUGACUACAUCAAGGCCAUCAAGAAGGACUCUAGCAAUGAAAAGAAAGUGGAUAUCAUUCAUAAAAGGCUUCAUAAAGACAUUCUUCACAACCCUGUGGUUAUGCUGAACUUCUGCCCUAACCUGCAGUCCAUGACCUCUAACCUGCGCAGGGUGCAGGGGGAGUUUAUCUUCCUUAUUGACCGCAGUGGGAGUAUGGGUGGUGUCAAUAUCAUCAGGGUUAAGGAUGCCAUGGUGGUGAUUCUGAAAAGCCUUUUUCCCGCCUGCCUGUUCAAUAUUAUCAGCUUUGGUUCAACGUUUAAACCGCUGUUUGCCACCAGUCAGAGCUAUGAUGAGGAAAGCUUAGGCACAGCGUGCAAAUAUAUAAAGAAGAUCCAGGCUGACAUGGGUGGUACCAACAUCCUGGCCCCGCUGAACUGGAUCCUGAGGCAGCCGGUGCAGUGCAGUCAUCCUCGCCUGCUCUUUAUCCUCACCGAUGGAGCCGUCAGUAACACGGGCAAGGUCAUCGAGCUGGUCCGCAGUCAUGCCCGAUUCAUCAGGUGCUAUACGUUUGGUAUAGGUCAAGGAGCCUGCAGGCGGCUCAUCCAGGGCCUCGCGACUGUUUCCAGAGGCGCUGCUGAGUUCCUGGCAGAAGGAGAAAGACUGCAGCCCAAGAUGAUUAAAUGCCUGAAGAAGUCCAUGGCUCCUGUUCUGAGUGACAUCUCCAUUGAAUGGCUUUAUCCUGAGACUAAGGAAGUGCUACUGUCUCCAAUGGGAAGCACAUACCUGUUUCCUGGCGACCGGUUGAUUGGAUACAGCGUGGUGUGUGACACAACACGCUACCACUCCAACCCCAAGUCCGACAAGCGAAGGCGCUACAGCAUGAUGCGCUCCAACGAGUCGGCCAGCUCCGUGUUCUACCACAGUCAGGAAGAGGAACCAGGAAAGACUGGCUCGGCUGGGCAUAGUGCUGCCAGGGAUAUAUUAAGCACAGGAAUGUUUGAUGCACACCAGAGCACCAUGUCUGAAAGCAGCCCUGGCAUGGUGGAACAAGAUGGCAUUGGGACUAAUAUGAGCUCUUCACUGAGACGGCGUGCAUACAGCACCAAUCAGAUUGAAGACUACAAUCCCCUAAAGAAGGCCUACACUUCCAGUGAUCCGAGCUCAGUGGUGGGGAAAAACCCUCUGAGGAGAGCCAAGGUCCAGGAGCUCAUCGGACAGACAAGUCCUGAUAAUGGAGUUCAGUGGAAGAUGAACUAUCAGCCUCAGCUGGCCAGCCUGUGUGCCACUUCGUCUAAAGGGUAUGGACACCCACUGUCUGAUGAACCCCAUGGAGACACUGAACCAGAACAAACUCAGGUGAAUCCCAAUGCGCAGGCAGCCACCCGCGGCCCAAACAAGGAGAAUGGCUCCAAAUCCUCCAGUGACAGCCCUUCCCUGGGUAGCACAGGAGAAGCAGAUGGCUACACUUAUCAGCUCUGUGAAGCAGAAACGCCUCAAGAUCCACACGUUCCAGACUUCAAGCCCAUGAGCAAAGGUAAAGGAGAUUGCAAGGCAGUCAUCUCGGGACUGCUGUGUGGGAAACCUGUGAAAUGGGAGGUGAUCUUCGACAUUGAACCCUACCUGAAAGGGCGUGAGCGAGAGGAAAAGGUUCAUGAGGAUCUGUGGAACGAAACCUUCCAUCAUCUGGCUGCGAGGUCAAUUAUUCAGGACUUUGAGCAGAUGGCUGACAAAGAGUGCGAGAUUGAGCACGGUUCUGGUAGGCGCUAUCAGCUGUACGCCACACAGACUAGCAAAGCUUGCAACAUCCUGAGCAAAUACACAGCCUUCGUGCCCAUUGAUCUCGACAGCAAUGAAUAUUUACCCAUUUCUAUUGAGUAUCUAUACAAUGGGGAAGAGCGGAAGGGUGGCUCACAUUCGAACCAGCGUUCAGGAAGCAGGAAGAGCCGCGGUUAUUCGGCGGGUUUGGAUCACUCACAGUCCGGCUGCCUGGCUGAAGGAGAAGACCAAACAAUGCCAACUUUUGAAGACAAAGCCUCUCCUUGUAGCACUCCCUCAUCAGCUGGAUGGGAACAGUUCAGCUUCACAGAAGCCUCUCAAAGGAGUCCGACGGUGACCUCAGACCAUUCGCAGAGAUCAGUGGAAAGCCUCUUCUCAGCCAGAUUGAGCCUCACCAGAACACGGCUCCUAACUAAAGCAGCCCGGGGCUUCAUGUGCCGCGCACAAAGCAAAGCUGAUUCAGUGGGAGAGAGUGAUAAUGACAGCAAGGACUACAUCCCUCUGGUGUCUCUGCAGCUGUCCUGUGGUGCAUUUGUCCUGGACGCUGCCUUGUGCGAGGCCAUAAACGUCCCCAUGGACAAACUGAAGUGGACGUCACCGUUCACCAGCCACAGACUCAGCCUCCCGCACCUUUCCCACUCCAGCAGCAGGAGAACCGACAGUCUGGAGGUCCAGCACAGCUGUUCACCUCCACCUAAAGACUCUGAUCUCUCUGAAUCUGAAGACAUGGUGCCUCACAGCCCCCAAACCGAAAGCAUCUCAUCUGGUUUGGGUGAGGCCUCGCUCUCACCCAGCUAUUUGCAAUCCAACAUUUUAGGAAACGCAGACGCAUUGGUCUCGCCUGGAGCUGUGCAGAGAAUGGCGCAGGAGCCAGAGAGCAUGGUAUGGGCUACAGCUGUGGCCUUAGCGUGGCUUGAGAACAACUCAGCGAGCUAUUUCAUUGAAUGGGAGCUGAUCGCGGCCAAAGCGAGCCUGUGGCUGGAUGAGCAGGAGGUGCCUGAGGGACGAGAGCUGGCAGCAGUGAAGGCAGCGGCCAAUCAGCUCUUCAUCAUCCUCAGACACUGGGAUGAAAACCUGCAGCUCAACAUGCUGUGCUACAACCCCAACAGCAUGUAG